GUCAACUGUUGAAUUUGCCAAACGUAGUCAAUGGCGAUUGAUGGCCGUCACAAUGGCCGCUCUUACUUGACUCCGUUACUGAAGUCUGACCGCGUGUCGAGAGUGUCUUGUGCCGUCUUCGUCGCAUUCAAGGCUCUUUUGUUCCAUUUACCAACCCAGGCGAUUAAUCGUAAUUAAUCGUAUGAUAAGUGUCGAUCAAUUACGAUCGAACGCAACGUUGAUUCUCCGUCUUGUGAACGUUCGUCACUGCGAGUACAAUGGCCGACAUCGAAGGGAAAAAGCUGACCGAGCUUCGCGUUAUAGACCUCAAGACUGAGCUGGAACGUCGCGGCCUGGACAAGUCCGGCAAUAAAGCGGCGCUUCUCGAAAGGCUCUCGAAGGCUAUAACAGAUGAAGGGGAGAAUCCUGAAGAGUAUCUCAUUGUACCAUCUGGCGGAUCAUGUAAAGUUGUACCAAGAAAAAAUAGUGGAGCUUCCACUCAAGAAGAAUCUACCGAGUACUCGGAUAAUCAGAAAGAAGAGAGUACCGAUGGACAGGACAAUACAGACAAGUCUAAGGGAGAGGUGAAGACAGUGCAUGAAGAAAAUUCUGAGAAAGAAGUUCCCUCUAAGAAAGAGGAACCUCAAUCUGAGGCCCAGAACAGCGUCAGCAAGGAAGAGAAUCCUAAACAGGAUGCUAAAGCUCAGGGAGCUAAGGCGACAGGCGAAAGUGCGCAAAACAAUGAUAACAAUGAGUUGGAGAAGGCUAAUAAUGUCUCGAACCAAUCUUCGAAUGUGCCACCCGCUGCUAUCGAGGCUAACGGAAUUGAUAACGAGGACUCGAUUAAUUUGACUAUUGGGGAAGAUGAGGAAAAUCUCCUUGCUGAGGAGACAGAAUCUCACGACAGACACAAGGAUGGUGGAGAGAAGAAGAAAAUGGAAGAGAACAGCAAGAAGGGAGACUCGAAAGGCAGCGGUAGAGCGGAAUCUGGUGCCAGCGGCAAGGAAGGGACGACGUCCGGCGCGAACAUUGGGACGAAGAACAAGCAGGACAUUGGGGAUGGAAGCAAGAGUACGGAGUCUAAUAAUAAGAAUCAGAAGAGAGAAGAGAAAGAUAAGAAAACGUCUCUGGUCAGUCCAACCAACGCGAGCAGUCGCAAUUUGUGGGUCUCUGGUUUAUCGUCCAGUACCCGUGCGACUGACUUGAAACAAAUCUUCUCCAAGUACGGCAAAGUUAUUGGCGCGAAAGUAGUGACGAAUGCGAAGACUCCUAGUACAAGAUGUUAUGGAUAUGUUACUAUGUCUUCAAGCGAAGAUGCAGCUAAAUGUAUACAAAACUUGCACAGGACCGAGCUUCAUGGACGUGUCAUAUCUGUCGAAAAGGCGAAAGGUGAUACUCAACAAAGUCACAUGCGCAAACGGGACACUAUUAACGGUAAAUCAGAGAAAAAGGAGGAAAAGGAAAAGCCAAAAGACCACGAUAUAAGUGAAAGGAAGAAGAAGGAAACGAAAAAAGAAACGGAAGAGAAAGGGUCAGAUACCGCGAAAAAAUCUGACGACAAGAAUGAGAGUGCCGAUUCUAAGAAAACUGAGGCACAAGACAAGAAGGAAGACCAAUCGAAGGAAUCCGAUUCUCGAUCGACAAAAUCGACCAGCAAAAAACCGGAGAGCGAGAGAGGUCGACGAGAGGAAAAACGGAUUCGUACCUGGGACAGGGAUCAUCGGUCUCACAGUCGAUCGCGGAGCCGCGAGAGGCGACGACGCGACGAUGUCCUCACAUUUGCGAAGAUAAGAGAAGAACGUGAGCGACAGAGAUUACGUGAGAGAGAACGGAUCCUGCGGGAGGAGGAGCGAAGAAGAAGAGAGGACAUGGAACGCCAGCGAGAAAUAGAGCGCAGGCAGCGAGAGGAAGCUGCACGUCUGGAGAGGGAACGGGAAAAGCUGAGACGAGAACGGGAGCGAAUUGAGCAAGAGAAGGCCGAACUGCUGCAGCUGGAGCGGGAGCGGCAGAAGCUCGAAAGGGAGAAACUUGAGCGCGAGAGGCUGGAACUGAAGAGGCAGCAGAUGCGCCUGGAGGAGAGCAGGCGAGCACCGCCGCCGCCAUCCAUAAAGAGAUCGUCCAGCGAUCGGCGAGAUCCGCGAGACAUGUACGUGGAAUCCGACAGAAAACGGAUGGCUACGGAACACAGUCGCAGACACAGCCCGGACAGAGUCGCCGACAGACGAAACGAGAUGCUAGAUCGCGUGUCGGACAGACGAUUGGAUUCUUCACCGCCUUCCCGAUACGAAUCCAGCAGAACUGCUCAAGACAUGGGUUUAAAGAAAGAAUUCAAACGAAGCAGCGACUUCUCAUCGAGGAGCAGCCGGCCAGACAGCUUCUCCGACGUUUCUCGGGGGAGAGAAGUCAUCGUACGACGAGAGAGCCUCUCCACCACGUCCUCGUCCAUAGAUCCCCGACAGGUGAAGGAAAGAUAUGAUCGUCCGAGCACCACAUCUUACACUCGCGAACGCGAGGUACGGCGUUCCGAGCCCGAGACGCAUCGAAGCUCCAGAGACAGUCACACGCGAUACAGCGACAGUUUCAAGCCUCCGGGAUCCGGCACUCCACGUGAAAGUCGUUACGUGGAAAGCAAUCGUACGCCGGGCGGAUGGCAUUCCGGACCUACAUCAUCGAAAUCCUUCAACUCGGUGACGAGCAGUGGAUCCCGCGAUCCCCGCAACGAACCGUCCAGCUGGAGUUCCAGAUCGUCCGAUAGUGUCAAUAGAUGGAGCAAUUCAAGUAGCAUGGGAAAUACAUUGCGGCAUCCGAUCCCGCCGACGUACCAGAGCGGACCGAUACCAUCCAUGGGACUGACCGUACCGGGCACGACGCCGUCGUACGAGCGUUUCGACGCGUACAAGUCGUCCAUGCCCAUGAGAAAAUACUGAUGCGCUCAGACUUUUGCGGCGACAGAAAUACGUUCGACUAACGACUUCGGAUGCCGAACUACAUAAUUUAGAGGAGCGUUUUUCGACAAGUAAACGAUGAUAUUAAGUACGGCGGAGUUUUAUCGCGCAAAUGCAGAAAAUGCAGGUUCGUCAGAUUGUGUUGAAUUGUGCAGAUAAAAUAAAUCAUUGGUUCGCUAUUACGAAUCACGAGAUGAAAGUACGAGAGUUCCAAUCGUGUACAUGUUCUCCAGUUUUUUGUUCUCACUUGGAUUAUAUUAGUUUUUACGGCCGCGCAUUUCGGGCUUCACACAUUUACGAUUUAUGAGGACUUUUGAAAAAUUUUGCUCGCGAACGACAGUCGGACAGAGAGACAGUUCCGCGUAUUUUCGCAUCGUGUUUUACCGCAAUCGGGUUAUCGAGUUUGUACAAAGUUUUACAUCGUCCGUAACAACAAUUGAACGCGAGGGACACCGUUUGUCAGACUUGUUUAUGCUCAUCCAUCCAACAAAUUGGAUGCGCGUUCCCCGUUCAUCAUUUGUUUCUCCCGCGUAAUGCGUAAUGCACUUGAUAGCCUACAUUUUUUACAGCAUACAUAAAAUGUCUAACACAUUCGUAUCUAACGGACUUUUGUACAUGUGUUAAUAGAGUUUACCUUUAGCGCAAGAUGCCAUUUAUUUUCUUAUCGGUUUGUAGAUUGCACCUAGUGCUUUCUUGCUUUACAGACGGUUGGCUUGGAUAAGAGACUUUCAGUCAAGCGAAGCGAUUAAUUUUAAUGAAAACAAGAUGCAACGAGGCUUACGUAUUUAUCUCAUACCGAUUCGUCCUGAUAGAGCGAGAUGAGCGAGCGAUAUACGAGCAACAUUGCGUCGCAUAAUCUUAUUGUAUUUCGCAGAGUGUAUUCGCGGGACGUUCUUCUCACGCUCUGAGCGUAAUUAGGACAUAUUUGGAUUCUACCUGAAAAAAAACAAUUUAUAUAUAUUAAGUAUAAUGUGGUAGCUACGCUCACUUUAUACAAGAAGAACACAUUGAAUUCGAUGUAGCGGAAACCACGUAAAUAAAUUUAGGUAAUGCCCACGCA